AUGAAGCCAAGCUCACCAUCUUUGGUGCUACGAGAUGACUCAGAAGAGAGAACUAAAACAGAAGUUCAAUGGGAUAAUGUUCUUAAAAAUGAUGAAGAAGAUACAAGUCAUACUUCCAAACUAACCACUUUUGAGACAUUUGUCAAGCUAUCUUCUCCUCCAUCAUCUUCCAUUCCAGAAUUUGACAUUUUUGAUACCAUAGUCAAUGAACCAUUUAUGAAUCUCAACACUCCUCCUCCUCCAUCUCCAUUCAAUCCACCAACAUCAUCCAUGACAACCUUACCGCUUACUACAUCUAUUCCGAUAUAA